UCGUGGCCUCGCUGUCCGGCGGCGCCAACCGAAGCGCCGCAUCUGCUGUCGACAUGCUGCGCUGCUCUCUGCUCUCCCUGGCCCUGGCCGCUCUGGCCGUGCUGACCGGCGCGGGCGCUGACCCCGAGGAGGAGGACCACGUCCUGGUGCUCAACAAGGGCAACUUCGAGGAGGCGCUGGCGGCCCACAAGUACCUGCUGGUGGAGUUCUAUGCCCCCUGGUGUGGCCACUGCAAAGCCCUGGCCCCCGAGUACGCCAAAGCAGCUGGGAAACUGAAGGCCGAAGGCUCCGAGAUCAGACUGGCGAAGGUGGACGCUACAGAGGAGUCCGACCUGGCCCAGCAGUACGGCGUCCGCGGCUACCCCACCAUCAAGUUCUUCAAGAACGGAGACACAGCCUCCCCCCGGGAGUACACAGCUGGCAGAGAAGCCGACGACAUUGUGAACUGGCUGAAGAAGCGCACGGGCCCCGCGGCCACCACACUGCCUGGCACGGCUGCCGCAGAGGCCUUGGUGGAGUCCAGCGAGGUGACGGUCAUCGGCUUCUUCAAGGACGCGGAGUCAGACUCGGCCAAGCAAUUCCUGCUGGCGGCAGAGGCCGUGGAUGAUGUGCCCUUUGGGAUCACGUCCAACAGUGACGUGUUCUCCAAAUACCAGCUGGCCAAGGAUGGGGUCGUCCUCUUCAAGAAGUUUGACGAAGGCCGGAAUGACUUUGAGGGGGAGGUCACCAAGGAGAAGCUGCUGGACUUCAUCAAGCACAACCAGCUGCCGUUGGUCAUCGAGUUCACUGAGCAGACAGCCCCGAAGAUCUUCGGAGGUGAAAUCAAGACUCACAUCCUGCUGUUCCUGCCGAAGAGCGUGUCUGACUACGACGGCAAGUUGAGCAACUUCAAGAAAGCCGCCGAGGGCUUCAAGGGCAAGAUCCUGUUCAUAUUCAUCGACAGCGACCACAGCGACAACCAGCGCAUCCUGGAGUUCUUCGGCCUCAAGAAGGAGGAGUGCCCCGCCGUGCGCCUCAUCACCCUGGAGGAGGAGAUGACCAAGUACAAGCCCGAGUCGGACGAGCUGACCGCAGAGAAGAUCGCGGACUUCUGCCGCCGCUUCCUGGAGGGCAAGAUCAAGCCCCACCUGAUGAGCCAGGAGCUGCCCGAGGACUGGGACAAGCAGCCUGUGAAAGUGUUGGUGGGGAAGAACUUUGAAGAGGUUGCUUUUGACGAGAAGAAGAACGUGUUUGUGGAGUUCUACGCCCCGUGGUGCGGCCACUGCAAACAGCUGGCUCCCAUUUGGGAUAAGCUGGGAGAGACGUACAAGGACCACGAAAACAUCGUCAUCGCCAAGAUGGACUCCACAGCCAACGAGGUGGAGGCCGUCAAAGUGCACAGCUUCCCGACGCUCAAGUUCUUCCCCGCUGGCGCCGAGCGGACGGUCAUCGAUUACAACGGGGAGCGGACGCUAGACGGUUUUAAGAAGUUUCUGGAGAGCGGUGGCCAGGACGGGGCAGGGGAUGACGACGACCUGGAAGACCUGGAGGAAGCGGAGGAGCCUGACCUGGAGGAGGACGAGGACCACAAAGCUGUGAAAGACGAACUGUGAGGCGGAGACCAGCCCAACGCCCCGACAGGCCCCCCGCAGCAGCGCCUCCGGCCGCGCGCCCUCCUGGGAGGAUGGAGCCCCAAUCGGAAAUGCAGGGAACUUUCUGAAGCAACACUUCGCCCUAACACACGUGUACAUUUAACCCCGUCUCUUCCCUCUGCUUUCAGGUUUUGGAAGGGACCGCUCUCCAGGCCAGCCCGUCUAGGUGGCCUUUUUUAUUGUGAUGUACUUUUUUGUACACAGUUUUGUCCAGAGCGCUCGCUAAAAUGUUUUGGAGUCUCCCUCUGGCAAUGUCGCCUUCCUGUUAGGCUCAUUAUUCUAUCACUUCAACAAGAUGCCGCCUGCGGGGUUUUUAGACAUUUUGGGAUGUCAGGGUGUCUGUCCCACCUUGGCCGGGCCGCCCUGGAGACAGACGUCCCCUGCGUGGAGAGGGACCGCGCCAGGCUGGACAGGCCCCUCACCUGUGCCAGUGUCGCCGUGACUGCGCGUGGCUCUUGCGUCAUCAGGUUAAUGGGGGCUUCAGGCCUCUGCCGCUGGGGCCCCACCGUGACGGAGGGGCCGUGGGCACCGGCAGGGCCAGGUCAGGUCCCUCCCAGAGCUGGCCCCCAGCUGCUCCAACUCCGGUUGUCUGUCCCACCUUGGCCAUGCCGUGCGGAGCCCGGCCCCCCGCUUCCAGGCUGGGCAACAGCCAGGGAUGCUGACCCAGUCGGCUGUCGGCAGUUCUUCAGGCAUUUCUACCACAAGAUUGGAAUUGGACACAUUGGCCAAAUAAAGUUGAAAUUUG